AUGUCUUCCAAUAUUAACACUACAGGCUUGCCUACUGCAAAAUCUACGGAAGCAGGCUACACCUCCACAGCGGAUCAAGAUGACGUCCGCCUAAGUGAGAUGGGAUAUAGCUCUGAGUUAGGUCGCAAAUUCUCAUUACUCUCGAUAUUGUCUGUUGGGUUUAGCAUCUCUAACAGCUGGUGGGCUGUUACCGGAGCUCUUGUAACCGGUAUUAUGAAUGGUGGAGCAGCGAUAUACAUCUAUGGGACGAUCCUUGUUGCGCUGGUUCAUGUUGCUAUUGGGGCGAGUCUUGGAGAGCUAGCUAGUGCCUAUCCUAACGCUGGUGGACAGUACUAUUGGGUAAUCAUGUUAGCGCCCAGAAGUUACAAACGAUUUUUGUCAUACUUCACAGGUGUUGUCUCCUGGGCUGGCGCAAUGAUCACCGGUGCAUCAGUAUCGCUGGUAGUUGGACAAGGCGUAGUCGGCAUAAUAAUUCUUUGUAGACCAGAGAUAACCUACCAUCCCUGGAUGGCUGUCAUCGGCUAUCAAAUGCAAGCCUCUCCACAAAAGGCAUCCGUCGAUUCUGUUUUCCGUGGAUUCAGCAAUUUCUCCGGAUGGGAUUCUAACGCGAUCUGCUUCUUCACUGGUUUAUUGGGGGUAAACUGGGGUUUCUCUUGUUUGGACGCCUGUACACAUAUGGCCGAGGAGCUUCCCAAGCCCGAUAGAAAUGUGCCGAAAGCAAUACUGGGUACAGUAGCAAUUGGGUUUGUGACCAGCUGGGUGUAUAGUAUUGCGAUUUUAUUUUCGAUACAGGACCUUGACGCUGUCAUUGCAACCCCGACCUUUGUGCCCAAUUUAGAGCUCUUCAGGCAGGCUUUGAGGGGAAGUAUAGCUGGAACGAUUGUAUUAGAGGUUCUCGUUCUACUAACUGGUAUCGGAUGCUUAAUGAGCAUCCACACAUGGCAAUGCCGUUUGAUGUGGAGUUUUUCGCGCGACAACGGCUUCCCCUUCUCCUCCUACCUUUCUCGUGUCGCUCCUGCCCCAUACAAUGUCCCCCUCUGGGCACACAUAUUCUCUACAUUUUGGAUAGCCGUCCUCGGAUUUCUAUAUCUCAUCUCCACCAGCGCUUUUGGAUCCCUCGUCACCGGCUGUAUAUUGAUGCACUUUCAAAUCCCGGUCCAUUUCGGCUUGGAAGAUGGGGGUGGUGGGAAUAUGAAUUAUGUUUCUGUGGUUAUGGCGAUUAUAUUUGUGUAUGCAAUUGCGUAUUGGGUUUUGUGGGGCAAGGAAACCUUCACGGGGGUCAAGAGAAUUGAGGACAAUAUUACCGCUACGAGAAGUUAA